AUGAUUAGUGGGGUGCUGGUAUACUCGUCACGAGGCGAGCUAAUAUUGAAUAAGUUCUUUAAGAACUCGUUGAAGCGGUCCAUAUCCGAUAUAUUCCGUGUACAAGUGAUCAACAAUCUGGAUGUCAGAUCGCCCGUGUUGACGCUUGGUUCUACUACAUUCCACCACAUUCGGUCGAGGCGUGGGGACAAUUUGUGGUUGGUAACUAUUACGAGGAGCAACGCUAACAGUGCGGCUAUCUGGGAGUUCUUAUACAAGCUCGAUUCCGUGAUGAAUGCGUACCGAUUGGAUAGAGAGGAGGCAUUAAAGGAGGAGUUUAUGAUAGUGCACGAGAUGCUUGAUAUCAUGUUAGGUGGGAACGGGAUUCCCAUUGACACGGAAUUGAACUCUGUGAUAGCUCAGAUGUCUGUGAAACCCGUGAGAAACUUGGGCGGAUUGUUGGAGAGUCCUGAUAGCAUUGAUAUGCUGUCUUCCUCGUCGUCUCCCGGUUCCGUGGGGGGUGAAUUACAUUUCCCCAAAUUUCUGAAGAAGAGAAGUAGUAGUUUCCUAGGCCAGGGUGAUUCGCAUCCCGACUUCUCCGAUGGUAACAAGAUCGCCUGGAGGCCCAAGGGAAUAAUACACAAGAAAGAUGAAGUGUUUUUGUAUGUCAAUGAGAGAAUGAACAUACUGGUCUCUAGAGACGGAUCCAUUUUGAAAUCAUAUGUUGACGGGACCAUAGAUAUUACCACGCAUCUGAGUGGGACCCCGGUCUGCAGAUUUGGAUUGAAUGAUUCUUUGGGAAUGCAAUCCGAAGACCAGAAAAACUGGCUAUCACAACAGGACCAACAUUCUCAUAACGAUUUUGAAAACAAAAAUUGUUUUCCUAAGGCUGCUGCAGGCAGUGUUUUAUUGGAGGAUUGUAAGUUCCACGAAUGCGUGUCAAUUGAUAAAUUCAACAAAAACCAUAUUAUCGAAUUCGUCCCACCAGACGGUUCAAUGGAAUUGAUGAAGUACCACGUACGAGAUAACAUAAACUUGCCGUUCAAGAUUACACCCAUUGUAGCGCAUUCUACAAGAGAUAACGAGGUUGAUUACAGGAUAACCUUGAAAUCACUAUUCCCGGGGAAACUCUCCGCUAAGGAUGUGAUAUUACAUAUCCCUGUGCCACCAAGCACCGUAGAUUGUAAAAUAAGCGUUUCUAAUGGUAAUUGUAAAUUUGUCCCAGAGGAAAAUGCAAUGAUUUGGAGAUUCAACAAGUUCAAUGGGUUGACGGAAAAUACUUUGAGUGCGGUUACUGUAUCUACAAGUGACACCACCCAAUUGAGCCUGCAACAAUGGACGAGACCUCCAAUGUCUUUGGAUUUCGAAGUGAUGAUGUUUAGUAAUUCAGGGCUGGUCGUACGCUAUUUUACUAUCUCUUCCAGAGAUAGUAAGCAUCGUGCUGUAAAGUGGAUCAAAUAUAUAUCAAAAUCAGGUUCUUACGAAGUUAGAUACUAA